AUGAAGGCUUUCAACACCGCUCUCACGGCAUAUGCCGUCCUUAUCUCGGCCUCCCAAGCACAGCGCUCUCAAGUCCCAGCAUGCGCGAUCAAUUGUACGAAACUAGCAAUUGCUGAAUUGUGCGCGCUCACUGACCUAAGGUGUAUGGAUACCUGCACAAAUGCUGCGCUCCAAGCAAAAAUCGGACCAUGCGUGGAAACGACAUGUAGUAUCAGAGAAUCGUUGACAACCAAGAGACUCUCUGACUUAAAGUGUGGGCGGCCGAUUCGCGAUCGAACUAAGUUGAUUUCCGUUACUGGCGUUACAGGAGGUGGCCUUGCGCUUCUAGCGUUCGCUUUGCGGAUGAUGGCUAGACUACCAUUUUUCAAUGGCGGCCAAUUCGGAAUGGACGAUGUGAUGAUAAUUUUGGCAAUGGUGUUCACGAUACCUUUCUCUGCAUUUUCCGUUCUAAUCGCAAAUGCGGGCCUGGGCAAAGACAUCUGGCACGUUGCCUUCGACGACAUUACAAACAUUCUUUACAUAUACUACUUCGACGAAUGGCUUUAUUUUCUAGCCCUCAUUUUCACAAAAGUAUCUCUUCAUUUUUUCUAUUUAAGGAUAUUUUCCAAGAAGAGUUUCAGGAUAGCGAUAUACGUCUUAAUGGCCAUCACAUUGGCAUACGGUCUCGUCUUUAUCCUUGUAUCCGUCUUUCAGUGCAGACCAAUUGAAUUAGCAUGGUUGCGGUGGGAUAAGACUGCGCCGGGCCAUUGCAAUGAUAUCAACAUGCAGGGCUGGACGAGUGCCGGCUUUAAUAUUGUCCUUGACUUUGUCACUUUGGCUCUGCCUUUACGAGAGUUGUCCCAAUUGGAGCUGUGGCGGAAGAAGAAGAUCCAUAUUUGCCUCAUGUUCAGUGUCGGAUCCUUUGUCACGAUCGUCAGCAUUUUCCGCCUACAGACGCUUCUCAAAUUUGCCAAAUCACACAAUUUUACCUGGGAUUAUGUUGAAAUGGGAUACUGGAGCACAAUUGAGAUCCACGUCGGUAUCAUUUGUGCGUGCAUGCCAGCCAUGCGAUCAUUCUUCCGCAGAGUUUUUCCCACUCUGUUCUCCUACACCGAACAUCAAAAAUCAGGAACAUUUGGGACUUUUAGCACAUCCCAUGAUGAGGCCAUGAUGCGCAACUCAGAGAGAUUGUCCCAAAAACCGAAAUGCCAUGAAUCGGAUGCGAUGCCUCUGGUUGAUGUUGUUAAUUUCCAACAGCACCAGCGCAACUACUUCCACGCCGUCUAG